AUGGGAUUGAUGAGUAUUUUGAAAAAGCUCAGAGAGCAAGAACGGCAAAUGAGAAUUUUGAUUUUAGGGCUUGAUAAUGCAGGCAAGACUACCAUUGUAAAGAAAUUAAAAAAUCAACCACUAGAUGAAAUAUCUCCAACUCUUGGUUUUAAUAUCGAUACCAUAUAUUAUGAAAAAGAAAGUAAAGAAAAUCAAUCACCAAAUGGAAAUAAUACAUUCAAGGUCAAUUUUUGGGAUAUUGGAGGUCAAAAGUCGAUCAGAAGCUAUUGGCGAAAUUACUUUGAAAAUACAGAUGGAUUAAUAUGGGUCAUUGAUAGUGCAGACACAGAUAGAUUGGAAGAUUGUAAAAGAGAGCUAAAUCUGUUAUUGGGAGAAGAAAAAUUGGCUGGUGCAAGCCUAUUAAUUCUUGCAAACAAGUCAGAUUUAGACAAUGCUCUAAGUGUGAAUGAUAUUGCUCAAUUUCUAGGUUUGGAAAGGCUAUCUCAAACAACAGAGAAGUCCUUGCUUUCAAAUCAAGCAACCAAUGAGCUAAUUUUCGAGGAGAAGUCUUCCAAAACAACACGUCAUAUUCAUGUCGAACGAUGCAGUGCCAUAACUGGAGAAGGAAUUGCAAAGGGUAUUGAUUGGAUAGUUGAUGACAUUGCAAACAGAAUAUUCUUGAUGGAAUAA